UUUGAAGUCAGGAACGAAGGAAAAGAAAAGGAAAACAUUGUUUGAGGAAAUGCAAGGUACACUGUUUGCUAGGAGAAGCUAUGGAUAUAGUAUGCAAUUUGUUCAGCGACGAGGGUGAGAGUAGCAGAAGCGCGGUUUUAACGACGUCUCCAGCCCAGCGCGCCACGCCAUCAUGUAUUAUCCUCAGCCUGCCGUCUCCUUGGCGGCGGCGGCGGCCCUCCGCCCCUCGCUCCCCACCCUCCGCCGCCGCUCCCACUCCCCUUCCCCAAGGGCGUCAUCCCUUCUCCACUGCCGCCGCUCCUCCACGCCGCCUCCAUGGCUUAGGACUAGGAGGAGGACGCCUAUCGCCGCCGUCUCCGACGACUUCUUCACCGUCGACUUGGACGCUGAUGAAUUGGAAUCGGAUUCCGGCGACGACGGUCUCGCCUCUCCAUGGGAGGGCGCGCUCGUGUACCGCCGCGACGCCGCCGUCCACCACCUCGAGUACGCCACCACGCUGGAGCGCCUCGGCCUCGGGGACCUCUCCUCCCCCGACUCCCGCGCGCGCGCCGCCAACCUGGGGCUGGGGCUGUCUGGAGGGGGACAGGACGGCACUGCCGCUCAGUCUCAGACCCCCGUCCUCGUCUCCCUCGACGUCACCAGGCGCCGCGGCCGCCUGCGCCUGGACGGCAUCGUGCGCACCGUCAUCACCCUCGGCUGCUUCAGGUGUGCUGAGCCAGCUCCUCAAGGUAUAUUUGCGAAUUUUUCCCUGCUGUUGACAGAAGACCCAGUAGAGGAACCAGAUGUAGUUGACCUUGGCACGAUUUUUGAAGAGGACAUCGCGAAGGGUGCUUCGCUAGCUGGCACCAUGGAUAACCAAGACGACGACCAAGAUAUCGACUGGGAUGACCGGCUGCACUUCCCAGCUGCUGACAGGGAAAUCGAUAUAUCCAAGCACAUCCGGGACAUCAUUCACCUGGAGAUCACGUUGGAUGCAGUUUGCGAUCCCAAUUGCAAGGGCCUAUGCCUUAGCUGUGGCGCAAACCUCAACACCAGCAGCUGCACAUGCAACAAAGGCAAGCCGAAGGAGCCCAAGAACGUCAAAGGACGAGGACCUCUCAAAGAGUUGUUGAAACCCAUGCAAAAAAGAUGAUGCAGAUAUCAAAGUUUGUAGAACUAGCGUCACCUUGCCAACUUUAUCUCAUGUCAUGCUAUAGAAUAUAGUCACUCCAGUGGAAAUGGAGACAUGAAGUUUUUUCUUUCCCCUCUGCUCAAUGCCACUACAUAUGAGAUACUUCUAGGAUCUUUGAAGUAUAGGAAGGCAAUCCAUGCCUACCAGCAAAUAGAUAUCGAAUAAUAACUGUACAUCUGGAAGCAAGGGCGUGGAAUGUACUGUA